CUUCUUUUUAACAGUCAUAAUAUCUGAUAAGCCUGCAUGUUGCCAUGGUGUCAAAAUAGCAUGUUUCUGUCUGACUCUGUUGCUGUUACACUGUUGUGAUUUUAUUUGGAACUUCCGUGAAGACUUUAUAUCGAUACCACUCGGACUGGUAGGAAGAUAAAUGAUUUCACAUGUGAUGAGGUGUAGCUCAUUCCCCGUGAAGUUGGGUAAUGUCCUCCGUAGCUCUGCGGGGAGCUCUCUCUUUUUACAUUUACAUACAAGUUGUUAAGCUGAUGUUGUUCCCAAUCAGUUGCUUAUUUACACACACCCAUCAUGCAUUUUGUGAGUCGUGUUUCUGUCCACCCGGCAAAUGCAUAUUGUCGCUUUAUGCAUUAUUAUAAAAAUAACAGUGGUAGCAGCUUUAAGUCUGCCUUACAAGGUGCAGUCACAGAGUUAUAAAGACGUAUGGGCAGACGAAGAGGAGGGGUCUAAUAAAAGACUGCUGAGUUGCAUUAUGGGAGUUUGAGGACAGCGUUUUCUGAGCUUAUUGGCCCAUAAAAGGGAGUAAAAGGUCAUAUACCUCAGCCUCUGCUCCUUCACUUUUGUAUCUCACAAGUGCCACGUGUUUAUGGAAGUGCGAUAACAAAUAUAGCGCCCUUUUAAAUGAUUAAUUAAAAACCUAAUAGGUUGCUCAUGUUGCUGCUACACACAUUUUGAAGCUAGAAUAAUUAACCCGACUUACGGACUGAGCGUCCGUCUGUUGAUCAUAGCAACAGCAUAGCAUGAAUUAUCUUCUUAACUGCUGUUGGAUGUAGUUAGAGGUUGUGGUGCAUUACCAUCACUGACCGGCGGUCAGCAUUUGGCUUACCGCUACAUUAAACGGCAGCCAUGUGGGCUACCACACACAUACACCUCCCGUUAGACUCUUAUUUUGAUAAGCAGUUGAUACGGGCCAAGUGAGGGAAACCUUGCUUAUUCAAAUGAGAACCUUAAAUAGAUGAUUGGAGUGUGAUAUGCACUAACGCUGAAUCUCAGCAUCACACACACACACGCACACGCACACGCGCACACACACACACUGGAGCUCUGCCACAGCCUGCAGCUGCAUUGACGGUAAACAGAGCAAGGUAGCGCAUGGGCAGCCAGCAGGGAAUUAUUCCACAUCGCAUCACAUCCCUGAGCAUACAUGGCGUCCUCACACACUGAGCCCAUGAAUUUAGUGUGCAGGCUGAUGGGAUAACCGCCAAUCUUUUUCUUUUUUUUUUUUUCAACCAUCAUUCGUUGCGUCGGUGUGCAGCAGCAGCGAAGAUUCAGCGCAACACUGAUACAGUAGGUACCAUCAUUUUUUUUUUCUGGAUAAAGACCAUGGACGUGGGCUCAUCCGUGUAUAUUCCUGCAAAUACGGCGGACGGGUGCGAUUUUUUAUUCCAGACGCAUCCACAUCUUCCGUAUGUUGCAAGGUGUCUUUGAAAGGGGGUACCGACCUCUGGGAGGAAAUGAGAAGAAAGGUCUAUUUUGACUCACGCCUGUCGAGAUGGAGGCAUCAUUAAGAGGACCCGUACAUUCAAGAUCAAACACACCUCAUUAGAUCAUUACAGAUUGUUGUUGUUCAGAGUAAGAGCAAAGAGGCAUCUAUUAGCUGGGACCUGCAAUUUUUUUUUUUUUUUUUGGUCUAUGAGCACUGAAUCAUAUAGAAGAUUGAUCCCACCGUCGACCCAAUGUAGGAACCGCUUCCUCCGAUUCCCACAGCCUCUACUCUUGCUUGGAUUUCAGCAUUCAGUCAAAUCCACCAGAACGGAGUAUGCCAUCUGCACCUUUUCACAGAAUCUUACGACCCCUUCUGCUCGGCACUUUCAUACUGGGAUGCUUUGUGACUCUGUUUUUGAUGUAUUUUAAACCAUCCACCAGCUGGCUAUCGGGUCCUGUAGAAUCAACAGCAUCUACAGACCGGGUCAAGAAUCUCUUCUCCACCAAGAGUGAUAAAAACGUAACCACCGUGCUGGUCUGGCUCUGGCCCUUCGGACAAACCUACGACCUAAGCGUGUGCAGUUCUCUCUUCAACAUUGAGGGUUGUUUCAUCACUGCAGACAGGAACCUCUACAACAAGUCAGAUGGGGUUGUCAUCCAUCACCGAGACAUCUGCACUGAUCUGUCCAACCUGCCUCCGCUCCAGCGACCAUCCUUCCAGAAAUGGAUAUGGAUGAACUUGGAGUCGCCGUCGCACUCCUCCCAGCUGCCUGGGAUUGAGAACCUGUUCAAUCUGACUCUCAAUUACCGUCAGGAUGCUGACAUUGAAGUGCCUUAUGGGUCCAUAGUAGCAGCAGAGGGCGAGGAGGACUUCGUCCCACCCAGCAAAAACAAACUGAUCUGCUGGAUUGUGAGCAACUGGAACCAGGACCAUGUGCGGGUGAAAUACUACAAUGAGCUCUACAAACACAUUGAGGUUCAUGCAUAUGGACAAGCCUUCGGGGAGUACAUCUCUGAUCAAGAUUACUUCCCCACCAUCGCCAGCUGUAAGUUCUACCUGGCUUUUGAGAACUCCAUCCACAAGGACUACAUUACUGAAAAACUGUACAACCCACUCUCUGUGGGGACAGUGCCAGUGGUUCUCGGCCCGCCCAGGCAGAACUACGAGAACUUCAUCCAGGGAGACGCCUUCAUCCACGUGGACGACUUCACCUCUCCCAAGGAGCUAGCCGAUUACCUGCUGCUCCUGGACAAGAAUGAGGAAAUGUACCUCAGGUACUUUGAGUGGCGGCGGCACUUUAAAGUAAAGAAGGCCUAUUUCUGGGCAGAGCACACAUGCUUGGCUUGUGAUUACCUGCGUAGGCACAAGGAGUACAAGGCAUUCAAUAACCUUGACAAGUGGUACUGGGGCGGAUAGUGAUCUGAAGGGCUAUGCGGUGCAUGUUUUGUUGUUGAAGGCAGUACUUUAAGAUUUUUGUCCUUUGGUUAUCAUAAAGGUUCAUACUGUUCUGUCCCAAGCUCCCGAAUGAUGUUUUUCUAUUGGUUUAGCGGCAGAGUGAGACAUCCAUCUUGUUUUUUUUUAAUUUGCAGAACAAUUAUGCUCAGCCUUACUUUGCCUUUUGUAUCAUUCAUUUCUAAUUUAUUUUUUAUAAAUUACAAAUGCACUACAUUUUUUAGUGUUAUUUCAACCCAUGUUUGGCUUAACAUGCCCAUAUUUGCUGCUAUUUUUUAAUGUUUUUGUUCUAUUAUUAGUAUGAAUGCUUGAGUUUAUGUAUGUAUGUAAACAUGUUCUUGUUUUUCUUUAAAUAUCGCCUUUACAAAAAUGAAGCGACAGACACUGGAAAAGUGGUGGCAGCAGAAAUAGACUGACAUAAAAAAUGAAAAUAUUUAUGUAAUAUUUAUUCAAGUGAGGCAUUAUAUGAUUAAAAACAAUCUCAUCUGUGCUAGUGAUGCGGUCACCUAUGCAGUGUUUACUGAACUGUGAAAGUAGUUCAAUUGUGUCAUGUACAUAUUGUGUAAGGAAUUACGUAGCUGUCAUUUUUCCCAUUAUUUUGUAAGUUUGCAUUUGCACUGCUAAUCCAACUGUUACCUUGCCUUUACAUAUGUACAGUAAGGCAGGCAGUCAUCAUAGUUUGUGGUUGUAGAUGGCAUAUGGUGAUCACCAUCCAGGUAGUCUCCGACAGCAGAUGUGACUCUGCUCUGUGAGAAGGAGGUUGCUAUUUUAAUCAUGUUGUGAAAUGCUCUUUGUCACAUGUGAUGUGUCACAGUGCAGUCGGAGUCCCGUGUGGACGAUAAUAGCACAGUACAGAGCCAUUGUACUGCAAUAUGACACUCCCACUCACCUCAUUAUGUUACAUUCUGAUUUGAUCUAUAAAAGUCUGUAAUUUUUAACUGAAUUCCGUGACGGAAAAGAGCACAAAAUGAACAUAUUACUGAAUCUUUUAAUGAAGCUAUUUUGUCGUGUAUACUGCACUGUCAUCCCACAAUGUGACCUAGAAUAUAUACACUGGUAUUUUCAACUGUUUCAAGCAGAUGUUACCAUAUGGGUGAAGUGGGUGGAUGAAAUAAGAUCAGGGGAAAUCUGCCUACAUCUUAGAAACUUGUGAAAGAUGUGAGAUGUUCUUGAUUAUUUCAAUCUUUGAAUCAUCACACUUCGGCGUUGUUUUGGGAGUAAGAGGUUGCAUGUGAAAAAUACUCUUCUGGAUUUUUUUUUUUUAUCGUUGUUGUUUGUUUACACAUGUUCACAGUUGUGUGGCUUACCAGCUAACCUACAGCACUCAAGAUCACACUACAACAUGACAGCUCAACAUCUGUACAUAUCACAUAAUUUUUAAAUGUUGUCAGAACAGCAAAUCCAUGAACAAUGCAUCUCAACAGCACUCAGCAGCUAUUGACAAGAUGGUUAAGUUCAAGAACGUACUGUGCAAAACCAUGUCAACAUUUUAUGCAAGAUGAGCCGGCGUCCUCUUGUAGUACUCGAACCUGUUUCAGGUUCAGGUUUCAUUUUGAUAUUUCUUCACUGUCAAAGGGACCAUUGAUGUAAAUGAGAUGAAUUCAGUUAUUUUUAUUAUAUAAUAUGGUUCCGAUUGCCAUAGUGAUACUUGUAUAUAAACCUUGUAACAGAACAGAAUCAGCAUCUGGGUCAAACCAGCCCACUGACACAGAUCAUUCCUGUAUGUGCACCAGAAUGAGGGAGCUCCGAUGGUGUUAGCAUGAAUGGUGAGAAGAAACAAUGUGUUGUAUAUAUUUUUAAUGUUCAGAUCUCUUUAUAACAUGCAAGUGUUGUUGCGCAGUGAAUGUGAUUUCGCUGCACCUUUGUAAGUAACACUGGUGCUUCAAGAGGCUGUGAAUCAAGGAGAGGGACACUUCAAAAGGGUAACAUCAGAGACAAUGGUUUUCGUGUUUGGGGGUGGACGUUUUCAUCAAGACAGGCAAUUUUACACUGGAGAUUGUUUUAUUUUUUCAUUACAUAUUAUCCAGUUGACAUGAUCUAAUUGAAAACAUCAUGCCAAAAUGCAGCAGAGAUAUAGCACUUUUAUUCACGUGGAGUUGUGUUACUCACUGUGCUGGUGCCUGUCUUAGAUGGAGCUUUUGUGAGUUAAGGAACUGUCAUCCAAGACCUUGGCUGUCCCACAGAUUAACUAUGAAACUGUCACCCAUGGUUUCAUAUUGUACAGUCCAAUCUCAUGUAUGAAAACAAAGUUUUCUUGUCAUAUGUGGUUGGUGACUUUAAGGAACAAAAGAUUUGGUUUUUGUGUUUGUCUGUCUCUUUCAUCCCUUCUCCCAUUCUCUAUUUUCUUGCACAAAAACAAGCAUGAGGAGCAGUAGCUUCUCUGUUCCGGGUCUGUGAGUGUGUCACAGCACCAGAGUGAGUGAGGAUGUCUCUGGAUACUGACUGACCUGGCACUGCUUUUGCUGGAGUCCUCAAAAAACAGUGCAUACAAAGUGGGGUGAAAGUCUUGUGUUGAACGUGAAGCUUUCUCCAGAAAUGCUGAUUUUCUGCCAGUUCACUGAAACAAUCAGUGAGUAAAUCAGUACGAGUUUUUUGCCAAAUCAUUGUAUUUUGCCAAAUGUUGUGUUUUAACUGUAGAUGUCUGAUAGUGUCAAAGAAAAUAAAGAUAUGGACAAAUG